GGCUGAGGAUCUUUUGGUGUUUCAAUACUUUUUACCAUUGUAUUAGAAACUAAACAGGCCCCUGUACGAAUAUUGUGCCUUCAUGCCGAUAUGCCAUACGUAUGUAAAUUGUUUAAAGCGGAUCUUCACUUGUCAGGCCUCAUUGUUGAGUUGUUUGUUCCAAAGACCAGUCCCAAAAGAGCAUGCUGAAAAUAUGGGUUAUUCCUUUUGGCUUCAUGGGAUUUCUCCAAUACUUUGUCACAAGUGCAUUUCCUAAAGCAAUGGUAGAAGAUAUUUGGACCUUCUUGGGGAACAAAUAUUUGUUCCUAAUUGAAAUGAACGAGACGGAUAUGUCCUUGUUUCCAUUCGAAUAUGCUCGAGCCAUGGAUUUGUCAGAUUUUCAUCCUCUUUGGAAAAGUGACUAUUUUGAGAAAGACCUCAUCAUAUUCAAAACAUGCCCAGAUGUACCCAUGAAGGGUGGGACACUUCUCCGCCAGAAUUGGAUCCUCAUGCCGUCAAAGUGUGCCACUCUAUUAUGGUCGGACCUGGACCUCAUGAGCCGGAUCAUCUCUUAUGAGGAAUGCUCUAAUGGAACGUGGGCUUUGCUAGAACAUUAUGCUAUUAAGAUGACCAACUACAUCAACCCAAUGGGUAAAUGGAGUCCCACUGAAGGCCUCGAAAUUCCCCAACCUCAAAUUUGGGAACGCCGAGCUAACCUUCAUGGACAUAUCUUACGGGCAACAGCUCUAGAAUGGAUUUGGUUCGCUUUCCCUGUGUUCGAUAUGCAGGGGUCUUUAGUCGAUUAUACUGGCCUUGGUCCCACUAUUCUCAAGGAACUCGCCAAGGCCUUGAAUUUUCAAGUCACUUUCGAGGAGCCUCCGGACUGCACUUGGCAAGGGACUCAUCCCAAUGGAUCGUCAUAUGGGAUGUUUGGUUUUCUCGUUAGGAAAGAGGUUGACAUAACGGGAUCGCCCAUGGUAAUUGUUCCAGAAAGACAGGAACAGAUCGACUUCACCCUACGAAUUCAUGCUUUCAAACAGGAUCUAGUUUCUGCUCAUGCGCCUGAAGGAACGAGGGUGAAUUUUUGGGUGUACUUUGACGCCUUCACCUUCUCAGCAUGGAUUUCGUUGCUCAUCUGUGGAUUCAUUUUCUCCUUGAUCUUCUUUUUAUGUGGUUUGGCAUUGCAGGAAGGCAUUGGCUUGUCCUCAGCCUUAAGGAUUGUUUUGGGUAAUGGGACCAUCCAAGUGAGUCAUGUCACUUUGAAGCAAUUGCAUCUCAUCAUCACCCUUGGAACGUCGUUUAUCUUGAUGGCCUACAACGGGAAUCUGACCUCAACCAUGACGGUUCAAUUGAAUCCUCCUCCAAUUGAUAGCUUGGAGAAGAUAGUCGCUGGAAAUGCCAAAUUGUUAAUGUGGGUGGACACGAUUUACACCAUCAUGUUGUCGAAAGCUCCACCAGGAGAUUUCAAGCACAAAUUGUGGCAACAUAUCCUCAAAGGAUCAGACCAACCUUUGGUCAACGACUCAGAGGUUUUAUUGAGUCGCUUAGAAGAAGACUCAUUGACAUACUACUUAGGUUCGGCGUUGGAUAUUGGAAAUGGCUCUGAAAAUCUCCUCGUUGUUCCAUUGGAAAAUGAAGUAGCCUUGAAUAUUGGUUUCGGACUUCAGAAGGAUUCAGAAUUCAAGGAUCUCUUUGAUUAUCAUUUACAUCGGAUGGAGGAAAUGGGCUUGAUGAGACUUUGGAAGCAAAAAUUUGACACAAACCGCAGGAGCAGCCAAAAAGUGAUUGAAUCGAGAUUUCACGUCCAGGCAUUGGGAUUCGAAAAUGUAAUAUUUCCAUUCCUGGUUGCCACAACAGGCAUAUUCAUGUCUCUUCUUCUGGCUGGCAUUGAAAGACUGGGCGUGACCCUAAAACGAGGAAUGAUUUCCUAAGUACACACAUUUUCUCUUACAAGUGUCUGAUAAAAGCAUCUUCAACCUGAUUAAAGGGCCCUCCUUGUAAAUCACAUUUUCUUAAUUACUUUGUUUCAUCCAAGGACACUCAAUUUUAGCAAGGAAACGCCAUUUUCUUGUGAUCGCCAAACCUUUCCCGCCAAAUAAGGCCUAAACUGUUACUGCUGAAAUUUUUGAAUGUCAAUUAUUGGCAUAAUCAUUGUACAAAAUAUGUGACAUAUAUCAUUUUCGUAACCAUUGAUGGUAUAUGCUUAAAACCAGGCAUUUAGAUGUACUUAAAAUGACUUUAAA